GUGCGCGUGCGCGCAUGCAGGUGAGCCAGAGGUGCGCGCAGCGGCAGGUGUCGUGUGUCGUCAUCAAACACAGUGCUUAGUUACUCUCUAAAGAUUUACAGACAAACAUCAGCUCUGAAACUAAACCCGCGCGCCGAGACUGGCUGUAUCGCGUCAGAUGCAGUGAAACGGCUCGACUUCAUUCACACGGUUGCUACUUUAAACAAAUGAACGCAAAGUGAAAAGAUGGGCGGAAAAAAACGAGAGGAAGAAGAGCAAAACAACUCGGAGUAUGGAGCCCCGGUCCAGUACGACGCCACGUUCAGCGGCCCCAUCCACAACAGGAGCUGUACUGACAUCAUAUGCUGUGUUCUGUUCAUGCUGGUCGUCGUCGGGUACAUGGUGGUGGGCAUUCUGGCCUGGCUGUACGGAGACCCUCGUCACGUGCUUUAUCCCAGAAACUCCACGGGAAUGUUCUGCGGGAUCGGACAGAACAAGGAUAAACCCAGCGUCUUGUAUUUCGACAUCCUCAAGUGCGCCACCGCGACCAACAUCAUGGCGGCGGCUCUGCAGGGUCUCCAGUGUCCCACCACACAGGUGUGUGUGAAGUCGUGUCCGUCAGAGUUCUGGGCUCUGUCUCCUCUCGCCUACCUUCCGAACGCAAAACCAGCCGAUUACUUCAGACAGGAGUUCUGCGUCCCUUCCUUCCAGCUGAAAAACACUAAUUUAUCAGCUAUGGAGAUCAUAAAUAAAGAGUUGUGUCCCUAUUUCUUCACACCGACGUCCUCUGUGUUGGGACGGUGUUUGCCCAGUUUAGGAGGAGAUGCGUUUAAUCCCAGUAACAUUCCUACAAACUUCAGUCUGAAUGGAAUGGAUAAAAACCAGUCUGUGGCAGCACUCGUCAAUGCGACCGGUGACAUCACCAACGGCUUCAACAUCAAAGACGUCGGGUUGCGGAUCUUCGAGGACUUCGCCAAGUCGUGGCAGUGGAUCGUAGCUGGUCUGGUGAUUGCGAUGGUGGUCAGUGUCCUGUUCCUCCUGCUGUUGCGCUUCACCGCACCCAUCCUGAUCUGGAUCCUCAUCGUCGGCGUUCUGGCGGUCGGAGCCUUCGGCAUCUGGUACUGUUAUAAUGAGUACAUGUCUCUGGCCGGCUCCAGCACCACCUUCAGUAACGUGGGCUUCACCACCAAUGUGCAGGUGUAUCUGCAGGUGCGGGACACCUGGCUGGCCUUCUUGAUUAUUCUGUGUAUCGUGGAGGCGGUUCUCCUGCUGGCGCUGAUCUUCCUCAGGACUCGUAUCCUCAUCGCCAUCGCUCUGAUCCAGGAGACCAGCAAGGCGUUGGGUCACAUGAUGUCUACACUUUUCUAUCCCAUCAUCACGUUUGUGCUGCUGUUGGUGUGUGUGUCGUACUGGGGAAUCACAGCGCUAUAUCUGGCCACGUCAGGCGGUCCGGUGUACAAAGUUGUGGCGCUGAACUCCUCGCUGGAAAACUGCAACAACAUACGGGCCAACGAGACCUGCGACCCGGAGACGUUCAACAUCAGCCGGUAUCCGGGCUGCGCGUCGGCUCGCUGUGUGUUCAUCAACUACAACACCGAGGGCUUGUUCCAGAAGAACCUGUUCAACCUGCAGAUCUACAACGUGGUGGCGUUCCUGUGGUGUGUGAACUUCGUGAUCGCUCUGGGUCACUGCACGCUGGCCGGGGCCUUCGCCUCCUACUACUGGGCCUUCAGGAAGCCGGCGGAUAUCCCAACAUUCCCCCUGAGCCAGUCCUUCAUCCGGGCCCUGCGGUAUCAUGUGGGCUCUCUGGCGUUCGGCGCACUGAUCCUCACGCUGGUUCAGCUCGUCCGCAUCAUCCUGGAGUAUCUGGACCACAAGUUCAAAGCGGCUCAGAACCCGUGCGCGCGGUUCCUCAUGUGUUGUCUCAAAUGCUGCUUCUGGUGUCUGGAGAAAUUCAUCAAGUUCAUCAACAGGAACGCUUACAUCAUGAUCGCUGUGUACGGGAAGAACUUCUGUGUGUCGGCCAAGAACGCCUUCUCUCUGCUCAUGAGGAACAUCAUACGGGUCGUGGUGCUGGAUAAGGUCACGGAUCUGCUGCUGUUCUUCGGGAAGCUGCUGGUGGUCGGUGGAGUGGGUGUGCUGGCCUUCUUCUUCUUCGCCGGCAGGAUUCCCAAUACAGGAACCACGUUUCAGACAGCAGCUCUCAACUACUACUGGAUGCCCAUCAUGGUAACACACACACACACACACACAACUCAGUCCCGCUCACAUCGCUUUAUACACCCAAACCUGGUCUAUUUGCUUACACUGUAAAAAGAUUUAAGUUAG